UAAUUGUUUUAAGUUUUUAAGGUGGUUUUGGACAUACAGUACCGUGACAUGAGUUUCAAACUUUGGACAGCACAAGGAUUUUAUCUUUCUUUACUUCUCAUAAAAGCCUGCUGCUCGGAAUUCAAAGUCACCGUUCCAAGUUCCCUGGUGGUCACUCUUGGUCAGCCCGUGGUCUUGCCCUGCAGUUUCUCCGUGGGGAAUGUCUGGCAGCCUGAAAGCAUUGUGAUUACUUGGCAGCGGGGGCUAGAAGUGGUUCACAGCUUCUACUACAAUCGGGACCAACUGAAGCGCCAGAACCCACACUAUGUGAAGCGCACCUCCCUGUACCAGUCAGAAAUGCAGAAGGGCAACGCAUCUCUCCGUUUGGAAAACGUCACCAUAGAAGAUAGGGGGGAGUACAUCUGUUCCGUGAGCUCGCAACUGGGCAGUGAGAGGAAGAGCUUCCCUCUAAAAGUGGCAGCACUUUAUUCAGAGCCAGUGCUGCAGUUCUCAGUGCAGCCCGGAAGUGUGACGGUUCUUCUAACCUCAGGAGGAGGAUUCCCAGCUCCCACCUUGAGCUGGCUGCAAGACCAUGAAGACCUCACCAACAGCACAGAGACCCGUCUAACACGGGACACACUCUCAGGGCUUUAUAACGUGUCCAGCACCUUGACUCUCAAAGACAACUCCAUUGCUACCCUGAGUUUUAUACUGAGGAAUGAGGACCUGAUGGAGGAGAUAAGGAGGAACAUCAGCCUACCCGAAUCUGAAGGAGAUUUUCCCAAAGCCAGUCACAGGAUGAGGGAGUUCAUUCUCUUGCCUGUAUUUCUGGUGUUCUUACUAGCCGUUCUUGGACUACUAUUACUACAGACAAUAUGCAAACCAAACAGAACCAAAGGCAUCUUAUCCAAGACAGAACAUUGUUUCAGUCAUGUUGACAUAACAUGAAAAGAAAACACCCUUCCUUCCACAGGACUAGAGACUAAAUAACUUUAAAGUGGUCCAGACCAAAGCCAAGGUGGAUCUCUUAUCAGCAGUCUGUUGUAUGAGAAAAUUAUUUAUUUUUAUGUAACAAUUGUCACUUUGCCACAGAUGUUUGCCACAGUUUGAGUUUCAUCAUUCUGCAUUUCAUACUUACUAGGAGUGAACAAUAUUUAGCCUUUCCUAAUAGGAAAUCAGCCAAUUUGGGAUAUAUUUUUAGUAUCUUUUGCUAAAUGCAAUGAACAUUUCACUUUCACAUUUCACAAAUACCUGGGUGUUCAUUCAUUUUUGAAACAUUCACAUGAUUUCAAGUAUUAUUAUAUAUCCAUGUCAUUCCUAUUGAAGAGCACAAUAAUAUGGAAGAGUAUUGGCAGUCUGACAAAGACCCAAAAUAGCAACUCUUAGCUACUAAGGACACAUUCAUGUUUAAGUGUUCAUCUGUCUUAGGCCUACAGGUUGAAUAGCUUUUUGUGUCAUAGAUGUGGGUGUACGGGUUGCAAGUGGCAAAACCUUCCAAAAAAAGCUGUCAUCUGAGUGUUUGUAGGAUGUGGUGAGAAUGAAUCCUGUUUUACUGAAAAUAAAAUUCAUAUUUUGUAUACAA